UCUUUGCCAUGACGGUGAUGUUUGGUGUAUUUUAUAACCUCUUUGUGGAAUGUUGAUACUUGUAUGACCAUUCAUUUUUACGUCAAAAGUAUAUAUUAAAGCUUAAAUAAUAACUUCAGCAAAAGCUAAUAAAUACUUAGUAUUAAUAAAUAUUAAUUUAUAAAAAAAAAACAAGAAUAAUGUUUCGAAAUCAGUACGACAGUGAUGUUACUGUCUGGAGUCCUCAAGGGCGUUUGCACCAAGUGGAAUAUGCCAUGGAAGCAGUGAAAUUAGGAUCAGCAACAGUCGGCCUUAAAAAUAAAACACAUGCAGUGUUAAUUGCUCUUAAAAGAGCAUCAUCAGAGUUGUCUGCGUAUCAGAAAAAAAUUAUCCCUAUUGACAAACACAUGGGGAUCAGUAUUGCCGGCUUAACUGCUGAUGCAAGAAUGCUGAGUCGAUAUAUGAGAACAGAAUGUUUAAAUUAUAAAUAUUCUCAUGAUGAUGCACUUCCCGUUAGUCGUCUUAUUGCCAAUUUGGGAAAUAAAAUGCAAACUUGCACUCAAAGAUAUGACAGACGUCCUUAUGGUGUUGGUUUGCUAGUUGCUGGCUAUGAUGAUCAAGGCCCACAUAUUUAUCAAACAUGUCCCUCAGCUAAUUACUUUGACUGUAAAGCUAUGGCGAUUGGAUCUAGAUCUCAAGCUGCUCGUACAUACCUUGAAAAACAUCUUAACGAGUUUCCAGCUAGUGAUUUAGAUGAAUUAAUCAAACAUGGACUUAGAGCACUUCGUGAUACCCUCCCAAACGAAUUAGAUCUUUCUAUUAAGAAUGUAUCAAUUAGUAUCGUCGGAAAAGGUCGAAACUUUGAAAUUCUGAAUGAAGAUGAAACUUUACGUUAUCUAACUGCGAUUGAAGGCGAUGAAAAACGAGGAAGACCGGCUGCAGGUCCGGAUGCAGAACAAGAUGAUAAACCCCCUCAAGACCCUCCUGCAGAUGAUCCUGCCGAGCCACGUGCUGCUGUGGCUAUGGAUACUGAAUAAUUAAUUUUUAAAAUUGGUCAAAGAAUACAAUAAAUACAUAAUUUUUCAGUUAUAAUUAA